AUGACGCGAAUCUUAGUUACUAACGAUACAUCGCCAAUCUCCGCACUUUUCUCAGUAAAAGUCCAAAAUGCCGAACAGAUUAACUACUUCAACUCCCUGGAUUAUCCUUUGGAUAUAUGGAUGUACGCGACGCAAGGAAGAGACGGCGUAGUUCUCGUACCCAAGGACUAUGUUCAGCAGUUCCAAGAUGAACUCUAUUCUAAAGGAAUAGAAUUUGUUAUUGAAGUCGAAAAUAUUAAAGAUUCGUUGGAGCUUGAAGACAAAUUGAGGGCUGACAAAGCUAGAAAUAGAGCUAUGAGACCUGAUAAUGAACUAUUAGUUGAUUUUGAUGAUAUUUACAAUCUCACUGAGGUCAAUAAUUACCUUGAACAAAUAGCUAAGGCGUAUCCCGAUGUAGUGACAUUAGUAAAUGGAGGAAAAUCAUUUGAAGGCAGAGACAUGAACUACUUAAAAAUUUCAAACUCCAAAUUCGAGAACGCAAGCAAACCAAUCAUUUUCAUCGAAUCGCUUCUUCAUGCACGUGAAUGGGUCACACUUCCAGCAACAUUGUACGCUAUCGAGAAACUAGUUGUCAAUGUCACUGAUCAAGAUCUGAUUGAUGAUUUCGACUGGAUCAUCAUGCCAGUCGCUAACCCCGAUGGAUACGAGUUCAGUCACACAAGUGAUGGUCGCUUCUGGCGUAAGAACCGUAGAAAUGGAUUAUUACCUAAUGAUAUUUGCCUAGGAGUCGAUCUCAAUAGAAACUUUGACGUCUUCUACGGUAUAGGAUCCAGUAACAAUGUUUGCACAGAAAUCUACCAUGGUACCUCAGCUUUCUCUGAACCUGAGGCGAGAAUCAUUAGAGACAUAUUACACAGUGACGAUCGUAUUGAAAUGUUCUUAGACUUGCACAGCUUUGGAAAUUUGAUUCUUUACGGUUGGGGAACCGGCGACCUACCAGAAAACGCAUUUGCUUUGCAUGUAGGAGGAAUACAAAUGGCUACAGCUAUUAAUGAUGUUAAAGAAGAUUGGAAUUUAGACUACAGGGUCGGUAAUUCUGCUCUCGUACUCUACGCUGCAUCUGGUACUGCUGGGGAUUACGGUCUAAAAGCUGGUGUGCCAUUAUCAUAUACAUAUGAACUGCCAGGUCUUAGGAACUCUGGUUCUACUAUUUUAGGAUUUUUAGUUGAUCCUGACUUUAUUAAGCCAUCUGCAGUUCAAACGUGGGAAGGAAUAAAGGCUGGUGCUAUGUUCUUACGUAAUUUACGCCGUAAUUCAGUUUAA